UUAUUUUUCUUACCUCAUAAUUAAAUAAUAUAAAAUGUCAACACCUUGUAAAUCCCAUCCUUCAUCUCCAUCCACCACACCCCCUAUAUCGCCUUCCAUAGAAACACCAUCAUCACCAACACCCACCACAACAACAACCACUCCUUCCUCCCCGACAAAGGCACAAGCCGCCUUCGACUCAUUAAUUUCAAUCCUCCCAACACCACCCUCCGCACUCACCUCCUUCUCCUCAUCUCCAACAUCCUUACUCCUCCUCACAUCCCCUGAAAUCUCCAACCAAAUAUGCUCCUUACUCCGCAAACCCUCCUCCGGUUCGGGAGACAACCACCUUUGCCGUUGGCUAUACGACACUUUCCAUUCCUCCGAUCCCUCCUUACAACUUACCGUCAUACGCUUCGUUCCGCUCAUCACCGGCCUUUACCUAACCCGAAUCACCCACCGUCAACGCCAACCCUUAGCGGGUUUCGAAGCCAUUCUUUUAGCUCUUUACGCCCACGAAACAACCGCACGCAACAACCAACCAACAACCGUUACCGUCCCUGAUCUUUCUCACCCAAGUAUCUACCAUGAAAGCUCAUCACCUCAACGUAACAAUUCCACUGAUCUCAACAUUGCCGUUAUUUCUCCUUCCUUAGAACCGCACCGGACCGUCCGGUCUACCCGUAGGGCACGGAUUGUUGGGGUUGCCCUAGAGUUAUAUUUUAGUAAGAUUUGGGUCAUGCCUCUCGGGUCGAAACUCGAUUUUUGUGACUUCUUAGAUGAAUGGGCGGGUCCAUAUUGUUACCACGAUAAAGAUGAAGAUGAAGAAGACGAGGAAGAUAAUAGUGAUGGGUCCCAUUUGAGUGGGGAAGAGAAUGAAGGGAGGAUUUUAUUGCCAUGGGAAUUGUUAGGGCCAUGUUUGAGAAUAUUAGGGCAUUGUUUGUUAGGAGGUGAAAAAGGGGAGAAAUCGUUGUUAUUACGUGAAAAAGCUCAUAAAGCUUGCAAAAGUUUGUAUAGUAGGGCUAUGCAUGAUGUUAACCCUAAAGCUAUUUUGGCUGUUGGUAGUUUAUUGAGACUUGUUAAGAUGGAGAAGCAGAUAGAUGAGGUUGAUUAUACUGAAAUUAAAAGUUCUAACAUUAUCUCCAUUUAA